AUAGAUAAUGCUAAUAAUGCAAGUUUUACAUUUCCUGGUAGUUGUAUCCUUGGAUCGUUUGUGAAAAUACAAGUGCAUUUAGUCCUAAUAUGUCAAGAGGGUUUUACUUUUUUUCAACUGUGGCGGUGUUGGUGCUGGCAGUGGCUCAUAAGCAAACAAGCGAGCCUUUUCCAGUGGAUAAAGAUGUUUUCAACUCAACACCAACCAGUCCUACCAACACAACAGGGACCCGAACCACAGCAACGUUGCAACUUGUUAUUGUGUUCACUCGACACGGAAGCAGAGGACCUGGGUUUGCCUACCCGACCAGCCCAUACCAGCCUCAGGAUACCACUUACUGGCCCAACGGUUGGACGGAACUAACAGAUAAAGGUCACUUGCAAAUGUACACACUUGGAAAGAAAUUUCGUUCCUUGUACGAUGGGUUUCUGGAAGAAAUAUACAGCCCCAAGGACUUCCAGGCCAACAGCACUCUGCUUGAACGGACCAUGAUGAGCGCGAGUCUGUUUCUAGCGGGAUUGUUUCCUUCUCGUGAUCUACAUUUGUAUAACACAUAUUUUCCCUGGAAUACUGUGCCGAUAUAUCCUACCUACAAGGAUCACCACGAUGUCGCGUACAUCACAGGGGCUCAAAAGUGUCCAAAAUCUCAUGCAGCUUGGAUCGAGGCUGUAGGAAGAUUCAGAGAUGAUUAUAAGCACAAUAUUACCGAAUUCCUUGAAUUUGUCGGACCAUACACCGGAAUUGACCUUGCAGAGUCAUUCAACAGCACCGAAUCAAUUUGGAUGGCCAUUUAUACAAUGUGGGAGUCUAUUUAUACAGUGAUUGAGGAAGGACUUCCUCUCCCUUCUUGGACGGACAAAAUCUACCCACAACCCUUAACCUUCUUGGCCGAUCAACUCCUGAGGGCGUCUUCAGCGGGCUCGGACACUCAGAUAAGAUAUGUAGAGGGUGAAUAUUUCAAGGUGGUUGUAAGUCUGAUGAAGGCAAAGAUCGAGGGUACUCUACGCCCAGAAAGGAGGAUGUUCUACUUCUCCGGGCAUGAUUUAACCCUCCUGGGGUUACAAGGUGUCCUGGGAUUGGCCCAAGAUCCAUCUGGCCGCCUCAACGCCAGGACGGGAUCUGCUUUGAUAAUUGAACUGCACAAAAACCUACAAUCUAAACAAUUUCUACGUUCAGGUAUUGUACAUAGACGGAGCCUCACCAGACUUGGAACCCCUAGACAUCAACAUCCCCGGCUGUGACUCUCCCUGUGACUUUCACCUGCUGUCGAACAUCACUGAGAAAUACUACAACAUCACAGAUUGGGAGAAAGAGUGUCAAAGUAUUGACCACUAGUAAUCUCAACCAGUUUUUAAUUAAUUGAAAAUAUAUACUUAUAAAAAUCUAAUAAUGUAUGCGUGAGUGUGUGUUUUACUUAAUCACUUAAUAAAUACUGGACCGAUUGUAAUGAAACUUCACAUGGACAUUCUUAGACUACCUAGUUAACAUAUAGGCUUAUUCCUAUUUCAAAAAUCACUCCCGGUACGCUCCACUGUACUUGAAAACUUCCUUUUUGGCGGAAUCAGCAGAUAGUAAAUGCGAUUUUAAUCAUCUGCCAAAGUCAAGAAUAAUAUUGUUAUAAAUGUAAUAAUUAUAGACAUUUCAACAAGUGUUAGUAUAUGUUUGUUCCUGUUCGUCAGUCAGAUACAAUUUGUAAAUGUCUUAUUACGUGCAAAUGCUUUCUUUUUCUAGGUUUGCUUUUAUUGAGGUUUUAAUCAACUACAGUCAAAUGUCGAUAUUUAUUACACUAUAACUGAAAAGCUAAGUAGUUAAACUUUAGUCUCCCACAUUGGCCUAAAAUAUUUCAAUAGUUACUGGCAUCUUUGGAGCGAUUUAUUAAAAUAUCAUUAAAUAUUCGAGAAAUCUUUAGAGAUAAUUAUAGAAAAGAAUUUCAAUCUCCCACUUCAGGGCUCAAUUUUUUAAAAUUAAAUUUGAAAUGGAUUAAAAAAUUGGAAUAUUCUUUGGUGUGAUAGUAACGUAUCUAUUACUUAUUUCAGAAUGGUUUA